GAUUAAUACCGCAGGUACGCCAUCUGGUGACAAAUACGUUUACACAAUUGAGUCACGCUUCCUGGGUGAAGAAACGGUUUUUAAUUUAAAAAAGAAGUGAAAUCAACAGAAAAAUUGUCUUAUUUUGUUAUAUGACCAAAUGUUUAAGCUAUAAUCUUAUCUGACAACAGAACACCAUUCUCACCUGAAAGAUCAAUCGAUGCCGCAUCCAUAAUAAAGGGCACCCGACGGGGUACAGGUACACAGAAGUGUAAGUCAUGGAUACGUUAAGGAAAACGUUAACAGUUUUGUUUUGGGGCUUAUUAGCUCUAACAAUAGUGGGUGCUGGACCCUUUUCCUGGAUGAAAAAAGAUAAAUUUGAUGAAAUAAUGGACAGAAUGACUGCAGUUACAACAGAAAACUGCCGCUCAAAACCACGGUCAGAGCUAGAGUUACCCAAGGAGUCGGUGUCACACGUACCUGUAUAUAACAAACUGCUCAGUAAUGUAUAUUUUGCCAAUAGAUCUAUGCUUCUACACAUGCAUAAUUUGGCGUUCAAUCGAGCCUUCUAUUACAGUUUUAUUUAUCAAAGAAUGAACACAUCAGAGGACUUUGAACACCAGCCAGGUUUGAUGUACCUGUAUAUGUCGGCUGCUGCCGAUGUCUCUGCAUCUCCGGGUUGGGUCAACGGCUCAUCAUUACUUUUUGACAAUAAUUGUACUUACCCAAAUUGGUAUACAACAGUUGAUUUUAACACUACUCUAUCUUUAUUUGGUCCAAGAGCAUGGAGAGCUGAUGAUUAUAAUGAACCAACAAAUUGGUUACGUGAACCUACAAAUAGAACAAUUGAUGUUGAAGACUACGCAGCAGGUAGAGUCACAAACUACACAGAUGAAUCCUACAAAUACGCCCCUUAUACUCGAUAUGAGUAUGACCCAACAGAUGCGCGACAAGAAAAGCCACUUUUCUGGUGGCCAGAUAGUCGUGGCUACAAAGACUCUUUACGUAAAUUCACAUACUCGGUUGGAAUAAAAUUUUCCAAUCAGACAGGCAAGUUUACAAGAGACGACUUUGAAGGAAUUCCAUUUUUUGGGCCGCCACAACCAGGUCAGACUGACACUGAUAUUACGUUACCUGUGCUUUUCACAAAACCAUACUUUGAUUGUGGACGAUCAAAUCGCUGGAUUACAACCAUGUCUGCUCCUGUGGUUGACUACAUGCCGAGAUACUCACCAUGGAUCCAUCUUAGAAGACCUAGGUUUGUAGCUGUGGUAGGAAUAGAUGGAGAGUUUGAGCGUAUUGAUAUCAAUCAGUGUCCUUUCUCGGAAGGAAAUGAUCCUCCAAACAUGUUUGCUGGAACACAUAGAUGCAGGGAAACUACAAUGUGUGAGCCAAUCAGUGGGUAUGGGUUCCGUCGUGGUGGUUACCAGUGUGUGUGUUUACCAGGUUACUAUUACCCGUGGUGGCAUGAUGGUCCGUUCCAGGGAUGGGAGAUUGAGCAAGCUACACUGGAAGAAUAUGAAUAUGGAUUUGACUGUCUCAAAGCUGAAGAGAUGCAAGUCGUUCCAAAUCAGAUGCCAGAGUUUGUACGUAGAGAGAAAAGAUCAACAUUGUAUACAGCAACUAAGAAAGAUGAGUUUUUGCUACUAACCAGUCCAAUGUUAGAGCAGUCUGCUUCUCCUAAACUUAGACUGGUUGCCAACAGAAAGCGUCGCAGUGCCGAUGGUAAUGAACAGUAUGUGGCAGCAACAUAUAGAAAGCAGUUUGUAAGACGAUAUGAUGACGAGACGAGAAAGGUUCGUAAGAAGAGAGAAGCCUUUGAGUAUGAGUCAUGGGAAAGAAUGUCCAACAUUCGUCAGAGGUUUUUUAAUGUGACAAAGGAAAGUUGCAAGUCAAGGGAAAGUUUUGAACUUUAUUUACCUGGUGAUGCUGGAUAUGGUGUGGAGAGACAGUUUGAAGCUCAAGGUAGAACUGCUCUACGUUUAUCACAUUUCCUUAGUAACUUCUUACAGAACGUUGAUGAAUAUGAACAAUUUGGUAAUCUUAAAGGAGACAGAAGACUGAAUGAGACCCAUAUAUUUGGUGAAGUUUUGGCUACAGUUAUGGGUGAUUUCAAGGUCCUUGGUGCUGGUGCCUACUUUGACCAGUACAAGUUCCGAGUUUCCCCACCAGUUAAUACUACAGAUCCAAGAUACUCUAAUGCAAUCACCAGAGAAUUCUUUGGACCAUUCUCAUGGAAAAUACAGAACCCUGGUGAUGGUCUUGAUGCCUUUAGAGCCAUAGAUUCUGCAGGUAUUGCAGCUUAUAGAUAUACAGAUGAGCUUUGGUUUAGACGAAUGAAGCAAAGAUGGGCGACAAAUUUCCACAGUUUGAAGAAGUUUGUUGACAAACCAAUGAUACGUUCCAGUCCUAAUUCAACAAGUUCCAUCCGAUUUGAACAUUAUCCAAUCACAUAUAAAGCUCCAAGCUAUGAAGAUGGUGAAUGGUCUAGACCCGAGUUCAAAUGUGACGGUUAUAUUGAUGACUGGGUGUCAACCUACACAGUUCCUUUCUUUGGUUUAAACAGCAUCAAGUCACAGAUCGAAUUUAAGGGAGUGGUAAGAAUUGAUGUCAAGUUGAAAUACCUCGACAUUAACCAAUGUCCAGCCGAUUUCUAUGUUGCCAAUGCCUUCAAGAAUACAGCAAAAUGUGAUUUCAGAUCACAAUAUUGUGUGCCUCUGCCAGGCAAAGGAUUUGAGCAAGGUGCUUACAAGUGUGAGUGUCGUCAAGGUUAUGAAUAUCCAUUUAUUGACCUGUCCUGGUUCUUUCACGGUCAGACAAUGGAAGAAGAGUAUUCAAAGAAAAGACUUGGUGAACCAAACAGAUAUGACACAUUGAGGUGCAGAAUAGCUGGAGCAGAUGCUGCUAUGGCAAAUGUUGUCCUAAUUGCUUUUACCACCUUGUCAUUGUUGCUAUGGAAACACUGAAAACAUGACAACAUCUUAAAACAUUUCUGUAAAUAAUUGUUUAUAAAGUAGACAGAAAUAUAGACAAGUCUUCCUGUAUAUACAGACAUUUUACACUGUGAUUUCAUUUUCAUAUUGUGACCAAAUUAUUCAUGAAGAUUGUACCUUGCAAUUGUUAAUCAGGGGUAUCAUGUAUCAAUUUUGAAUCAUUUCUUUUCUCUCCUUGUAAAUCAAAGACAGAUUUUAUCUUAUUCAUUAAACAUUUACACUUCCUUGAUUGAAUACAUUAUGGAUUAUAAAACUUGUUUUAUAUACACAUAGAUCUUGUUUAAAAGUGCUUUUAGUCAAGUCACAAGAGUGCCAUUUAAUGUGUUAUCUACAAAAUGUUGAAAAUAUAUGAAACUAUUUUAUUAUUGUACAGCUCAGAAUUUUUAGUGUAUUUUAUGUAAAUAUUACAGAAUUGCAAUUUUACUGUAUGAAAAUAAUUUUGAAACUUUAAUUUGUGGCUCAAGAAUUUCUGUUCUAUUAAGAGUACACCUUUAUGUAUAGUUAGUACUUUCAUUAUGUGACAUAAGGCUAAGCAAUAUUUUUAAUUAUUGAGCAAUUAUUUGUCUGGAUGGUUUAAGAAUUUAUUUGUCUUGUAUCUUUUUUACGAGUGCAAUAUUGAUGAUAUUGCAUAGGUCAGAGUUCAAUUAUAUAGUCAAGGCAAUAGUUUUGUAAAGUUAAUUACAAAUCAUCUGAAAUUUAGAAAAGCACUGUUGUCAAGAUUGCAAUACGUGUUGUAUUUCAUGUAACUAUACACAUAGAAAUAGUAGUAUAUGUACAUUAAUACAUGGAAUAUUUUAAACCAAGUGAACAGGAGAUAUGAUUUAGUGUCAUUCCAUUUUCUUUCUGUUUAAAUUUUCAUAUGUAUCUCUAAAUACAGACCCUUCUCUCUGUUUACCAGGUGGAUAUAAUAUUAAAAUUACAUAACAUUAUCAUUACAUGUAUUCUUUCCUGAGUCUGGUUUGACUUUUGUUAUUUCCUUCUCAUUUAUACUUUUUUAAAACCACUUUUAUAACUAACUGUAUAUAGUUAAACAUUUAUAUCAUUUAAGCAUAUAUAACAUUCCAUUUUAUAUUUGAUUUGUACAUACUCAUAGCAUAAUUAUAUGUUAGCUGAUUUUAUGUAGUGUUUAACACUACUUGGGACUUGUAAUAAAAAUCUGAAUUUCAAUUUUAAUAGAAGAUCAAAGCAGAAAAUAGACCUACAUUUAUCUACCAUACAAAUAUAAUUGUAUUGUCCAUGGUACAAUUACCUAAAGUAUUAUAGUGAACAUACUGUAAUAGGUCACUAAUGAAGUCUUGUCAUUUCACAGAUAAAAAAAAAUGAACAUGUUUUUGAUUAAGAGGAAUCAAAGAAAAAAUUGUGUCAUUUCAUAGGAAUACGAAAGAAAUUGAACUUCAAGUUUUAUUGCUUUUUAAAGAAUUUCUAGAGUACAGAUAUCUUUGUAGGAAAUUCAGUUAUUGAUAUUAUUACCUAAAAUUCCAGUUUUCAAAUUCACAAACAAUAAAAUCAUUAAGGGAGCUAGAUAGGAAAAUAUAUGUAAAUGUUUAUCAAAAAAUAAUUUUAGCAGUUUUUUGUACAGGUUGUAUAUCAUGGAAACAUAUCAGUCAGUGCAUUGUAUAUUCUUAUAUGAAAUUGUUUUAUAUAUAAUUAUAAUGAAAUUAUGGAAAGGAAAAGUGUGAUACUUGUGUAUUAUAGUUCAAUUUGUUUUAUAUAUUUUGUACAGCUAAUAUUUUUGUAUUCUGAAUAUAAAA